AUGGAUGUUCAGAUUGACGUGGAUAGACCUGAAUUGCUCGAAGUUGUCGUGGACCCCAUGACGGACGGUAUAGCCGCACCGAUUCAACUGGCCCUGACUAUAAAUUUAUCCGGUGUACAGAAAGCUGAUACAGUCCGAGAUCGAACAGCGCACAAAAUGAAUACUAUAACUGCAACAGAAUCAUGUAAAUCAAUCUGGAUUUUGCUCAAACCAAAAUCAAAAGCUAAACGCUUUUUCUUAGAACAGGUAGCACCUUUAUGGCGUUCUCGUGGUGUUCUGCAGCAGAUCGAAGACGUUCCGCCACCCCAAAUGAGGCGCGCAUCUCUUAUCGCCACUCUCCUCGCACAUGAUGGUGUCAGUGGUCUGCCAGACUCAAGGAAUUCUUCCACUGACGCAACAGGUUAUCCCAUUCAGUUUUCCAUUAGUCAACUCAUGACUCAACAAGUGUCAAAUGACGUUUGGCUUCAAAUUCACCGGGCGGAUAUGCAGCAUAUUGAGGCCAGUUGUUGCUUGAAUACGACCAAUCUGGGUGUGAACUCCAUAGCGGAAUAUGCUAUUCACUGUGGUCUGACCUGUCCUAGCCACGAAGGCUGGCGCUCUAUUGACAAUGCCACUUGGAUUGAUCUAUUGAAAAAUGCUUUUGAACAGAAGGAUGUCGACUAUGCGGACCAAAAUGCUUGGGUACGGGGUUUGCAGGACAGUGGUGGGAUUGACACUCUGUACAGUGCUAUUCCAGACGAAAGCACUGUAGUGCACUCCGAGUGUUUGACGUCAAGGGAACCUUUUGUGAUCACAGUGAUUUGCGGUACUGUUGGCAGUCGCAAGGUGAGUUAA